GUGGUGUUUCUUAUCUUCUAAUGACUCCCUCUAUUGUCGACAUUUCUUGUAACUAGGAAGAUCAUUUACGAUCCUGUCGACUUCCAAAUGAAUUUCCUCACCUGCGAUAUGCAAAGAUUUGCUGUGUCAAAGGAAUGUAUCUUCAGAAUGAGUGGAGUCAUUUGCACCAUAACAGCUGCGGUGUUUGAAAUAAUCCUUGCAAACAGCCGAUGCUGGCGCCUAUGGGAAUUUGACGAUAAGAUUGUAAAGUUCGUGUUUUUUGGACUCUGGGAAGCUUAUUACCAUCAAGAGUUUAACAUCUCUGGAUCUACCAUCCGGAUUCUGGUGCACAGCCCUAUCAACUCUACAUGGACUAUUUCACCUGAAUUUCACUAUGCACAGAAAUUGAUAGUAUGGGCGAUUUUGUUGAAACCUGCAGUCCUACUUUUUAAUGCAUUGGCCGUUAACAUAGACUACAGGGAUGACUCAUUUGUUAAGGCACAGAUACUUUUGUACAAGAUCUCUGCCUCCAUUUUGAGUAUUAGCAGCCUUUGCACAUUUAUUUCUGUGAGCUGGAACCAUGUCGUAGACCUUUACGGCCAAACCACACUUGAUUUUCCACGAAGCUUUCCUGUUAAGAAAGAGGAUCUUAAAAUGAAACACUAUACUGCUGCAUUCCCAAUAGGGGUCUUGACAGCUACCAUGUCACUCUUUGGUGUGAUUAUAUUUCUCUUUCAGAUGAGCUCUUUGGAGCCACAGAGUGAAGAGGAGGCCCAGUGUGCUUCCAGACUGAUCAAUCAAAACACAUGAGGCGAGGGCUCUGGCAUCUGCCAGAAGAGUCCUUUAAAAAUGUGUCUGUAUGCACACAUUACUAAUGUACUCAUCAACUUAUUCCAAAUAAAACAUCAACUUGGUUUC